UCUGAAAGAAACGAAGAACCAUAUUUCAUCAUCAUGUCAUCACCUGUCCAUGAUUUGUCGUUCGUUUUGGGGUCACAGCCCCCAGAAGCAGAAGCCCUAUUCCUCUCCUCUCAAGCGACAGUAAAUGCAAUUGGCUAAGAAGGGCUAAGACAGGUGUUAGCCUCAACCCUAAUAUUUUCGGGGGAAUUGGGAACGCACUCGCUUCCCAAAAGAAACCCCAUAUCGAAUGAAACCAGCACAUGCACCCCCAACAUAGCAUAGAUCGGACUUUGGCAGCAGCAUAACCAGCGAGAGAGAGAGGCAGCAGACAAAAUGUCAAGAAACUGAAAAUAGAAUAAAAUGGAAUGCCAACUAAAUGGAUAAUUGGCCGGCAGGGCACAUUGGCAGUUCUGCACGAAAGUUGGAACAUUUCAGACAGUGGCUUUGAAUACUUCGAGACGAGCGGACGUGUGUGUGAUAGCAAAAAGGAUAACCAAAGGAAUAUAGGAUUAAAAAACUAACAAAAAUUAAUAAUAAUAGGCUUUUAUCUACCAAUUUCCAAAGUUCAAACCCUUCAAAAUGAAAUACUUUGAAUUCCUGAGCCUAUCCUCAGUGGGUCUUAGCAUAGCCAUCCUGGACAUCCUUAUAGCAUUGAGCAUACUCGGUCCCUCUACCUAUUAUCUGUACUUUGAUUACUUGGAUAUCGAUAGAUGGGAACAGACCAACGAUGUGGAGGCCUUGAGUGCCUUUGGCACAUUCGUUUCCACUUUGGUGGAUUAUCUCUGGGUGCGUGAAUUCUCGCAGGUCUUUUACAUGACUGCCACACUCAUUAUUUGGGUCAAGGCAUUGAUAAAUCUGGCAGUGGCCUGCCUCCUAGUCGAUGGCAUUAAGCAGAAACGACUUAUUUGCAUUGCCCCUUGGCUGAUCAACACCUAUCUAUCGAUGGCCGUGGAAACUGGCAUUUUUGUGAGCCUGGAACUCCGAAUUGAUGAAGUCGAUGCCGCAGUGGAUCGUCGGAUAGCGCGUAGUCUCAUCUUUGGCGUAUUUUUAGUGCUCAAUGCAUUGCUUUCUUAUGGCAUCUAUGCGCUCUAUCGGAAGCUAAAGUCUACACCGAAUGAGAAUAUUGAAGCCAUUCAACAGAAUCCUCAUACAUUCAAUGCCUGAAACUAAGUAUCUCUGAGGGAUUUGAUUUUUAAAGCUGUCUUAAAGCAUUUAUAGGUAAAUAAAAUGAGAUUAAAGGUGGA